UGCGUCCUAAACUGACCCAGGAGACGCUGGGAAGGAGUGGGGGACACCCCCUUAGCCAGAGAUACGGCUCUCUCGGGGCUCCAAGCUGUGCCCCUGGGGCGUGGCAGGCAGUCCUGGCAUUCUGUUGGAUUUCCUUGGCACCCCAGCGUGGGUGGCAGGGAGGCGCCCCGCGGACCCCCGAGCUCCACGCGCCCCGCCCCACGGCGUCCGUGCUGCAGCGCCGCCCCCCGCACCCCCUUCCCAGUCUGCCUCGCUCAGGUGACGUCAGCGCCCCGUCCCCUCCUCGCCAUCAGCGCCGCCGCAGCAUCCUCACCGCCGGCCGGCCCCCGGAGCUGUCCGAGUCGCGGCCCGGCCCCGGGGAUGGCGGUGGCCGUGCUGCUGCUGCUGCUGGCAGCUCUGCUCCUGCCAUGGCCGCCCGCAGCCUCGGCCGCGCAGCCCGGCGACGCGCAGAGCUGCCAGCAGCGCUGUCGCCUGCACGACCACCCCGGCCCGCGGCCUUCGCAGGCGGGGCUCCCCUCCGAGUCCCCGUGUGACAAGGCCGUCCUGGUGAGCGCCUGCGAACGAGGCUGUCGGCUCUUCUCCAUCUGCCGCUUCGUGGCCCGCAGCUCCAAGCCCAAUGCCACCCUGCUGGAGUGUGAGGCAGCCUGCAUGGAAGCCUACGUGAAGAAUGCGGAGCGGCAGGCCUGCAAGGAAGGUUGCCGGGGCCAGCCCACGGAGCCCGAGGCCAGAUCCCUACUGGAGAAGAAGAGGCAGGUCCUGGAGGCCCCGAGUGGAGCCCUCUCCCUCUUCGACCUGUUCUCCACGCUCUGCAACGAUUUUGUGAACUCGGCUCAAGGCUUUGUCUCUUCCACGUGGACCUACUAUCUACAGACAGACCAUGGCAAGGUGGUGUUGUUCCAGACUCAGCCUGUGGUGGACAACUUGGGCUUCCAGGGCAGCCGCUUGCAGCGAGUGGAGGUGACCUGGAGGGGGUCCCACCCUGAUGCCUUGGAGGUGCACAUGGACCCCGUAGGCCCCUUGGACAAGGUGAGGAAGGCCAAGAUUCGCGUCAAGACCAGUUCCAAGGCCAGGGUGGAGGCUGAGGAGCCACAGGACAACGACUUUCUGAGCUGCAUGUCCCGGCGCUCGGGGCUGCCUCGCUGGAUCCUUGCCUGCUGCCUCUCCUUGUCCGUGUUGGUCAUGUUGUGGCUAAGCUGCUCCAGCCUGGUCACAGCGCCAGGCCAGCACCUCAAGUUCCAGCCCCUGACCUUGGAACAGCACAAGGGCUUCGUGGUGGAACCAGACUGGCCCCUGUACCCUCCCCCAACACACGCCUAUGAGACCAGCCCCCCGCCCUACAAGCUCAAGUUGGACCUGACCAAGCUGUAGCAUGGCCCAGGGCAGAGCUCCUGUCCACCUGCACCUGCCAUUGGGGUGGGACUACUCUUGAGCCGCCCUACCCCUACACCUUCUCUCCCCACCCACACCAGGACCCCCACCUCCCCUCCCAGCCUAGGGACAAGAGGCCCCAGUUGGGGGCAGGUGGGGAGCAGGGCUGGGUCCAACCUUGUCCCACCGACCACCGCCUCCCCCUGAUCGUCCACCAGAACAUGUGUGAUGUUUGUUUUGUUUU